AUGGUUAAGGAAGAAAGUGCCACUAAAGUAUUUGCAUACUUUGUGAAUGCAUUUCUAAUUCUUCGUUCUCGAGGCAUCAUAUCAAAUGAGGUAAUUAAGGAUCAAGAACCAUUGAAGGAAUUUAGUGCAUUAAGGGAUCAUAUCUUUAGAAUUGAAGAUUCAAAUUAUCAAGCAAAUGCAUCUAGCCAAAUUACCGAUGAUAAAAGUGAUUUCAUUCAAUUACAUGAUGAUAUUGAUAAAUUGCAUAAUAAAAUUAUUGAAUUUGUCACUGAUUUGAAAAGUGACAUUUGCAUACAUUCAAAUAAGAUUUCAGAACUAUUACAACACUAUAAGUGCGAAGCAGAGACAUCAAACCUGCAACCCACACAACUCGUCAAAGAAGUUUUGAAACGCUUAGUAAUUGAUACAAUUAUUGACACGGUUAAUGAAUACUUUGAAUCUAAUGAAGCAGAUGACUUCUAUCCUGGAAGUAAUGUAUUAGGCAUAUUGUUAAAAAAUUUAUGCUUAUUAACAGUUAAAAAGUCUGAUAACGAUAACAAUAUCAUAAAAGAAAUUCCAAUAAAAGAGCGUCAGCAAAUUUACUUGUUUCUUAGAAAUUUAGUGUUCGAUGAAGAUGGAAAUCACGAGCAUUGGUUUAUACAUAAUAGCAAACAACAGCUUAUUGAUACGAUAAAUAAAUACCGUAUCAUCAAUGAUUAUUCUAAGAGAAAGGAAAUUGAAGAUUAUGCUUCAUCGCUUAUUCGUGAUGUUAUUAACAUAUUUUAUUUUCGAAGAUAUACACAUGAACGAAUUAUAAAUUAUAUGUUGAUUAAAAAUGACGAGCCAAUAGAUCCCUUCUCUGUGAAUGAAAUUUGGGAUGACAAUGUCAAUAUUAAUAAUUUGAUCUAG